UCAGUAUUUUGCGUAAAUCGAUUGCUUACGCACAUGCCUAUUUGAAAAAAAAAACGUAAAUACUACCUAUUUACAAAAAUAAAAAUAUUCGUGGUAAAAAAGGCGGGAAGUGACGUCAGUGUGGAGGAAAACAUUGUAAAGUUUUUGGAUUCAGAAAGGAAAAAUCUUCAGGACCAUUCUAUUUUUGAAACUCAGUGUUAUCUCUUUGGUUGUGCACUCAUUCAGAGUGAGACGGAAUGUUUAUUCGUAGAACUUUCGUAUAGUGUUUCAGAUAAACUGACUCAUCACUGAUUUACGUUGAUGACGUUUUGAUUUGAAAUCAAGUUGUGUUUUUAAUUUGUGUUGUAAAAACUUGAAUCUCCUGUCUCUUUUCUUGUGACCGUUAAGAAAGAGAUGAAGAUGUGUUAGUGAAUUCGUGAUGAAUUAUGUGAUGUAAACUAACACGAUGAAGAUCAGAUUUAAAUUCAAGCAAAUUGAAUUUUCUUACGAUUUUUUACGAUGACACUGAGACUAAUCUGGAUUUUCAGCCUGUUUUCCUGUAUGCUGACCAAAAGGGCGUUCCCAGUGGAGUCCCAGACGUGUCUGACUGGUUAUAUGACUGACGUCCAGAAUUGGGUCGACGAGAAAGGAGAUUUUACUGAUGCCGUUGAACCCGAAUUCUCAAUAGACCUUUCAACGAAAGCCAACGCGGUUCGAGUGUUGAGGGAAAAUUUUGAAGAUUACAUAACAGUGGAGAAACAUGUCAAAUAUCUCAGCUUGGCGAAAUGUAAACUCGCCAGGGUGCCUACGAUCUUCAACUACCAGAGUUUCAAAGGCCACCACUUGGCAGAAACCUUGGAAUACAUGACUCUCUAUGGAAAUAGUUUCAUGGACACUAGUUCCACAGGAGACGACUAUCAGAUGUCCAUCAACGCCACGGAGUUGAGAGAAGUUGAUACUAGUAAUCAGUUCGGCAUGGGUCGCAGCAUAUGGUCUAUUGGAUUUGAAAACACCACCUUCAUCCAUUUGAAAGAGCUCGACCUCAGAGCUUGCUCCAUCGAAACUAUAGGCAAAUCUGUGUUCUACGGCAUGCCAAACUUGAAAGCCUUAUAUUUAGGCGAAAACAAUAUCCACGAAAUUGAGAACACUGCAUUUGAUAAACUGACAAACCUUGUUCAUUUAGAUAUAAGUAGAAAUGCAAUCCACUUAGAUAAUAUGGCAAAUACUUUGCUUAUAAGACAAGAAUUAAGCAAAUUGAAGAAUUUGGUAUCAAUAGACAUGUCCUUUAGUUUAUUUCAUCCAAAAACGUUUUCAGUCUUUUCCAAUUUGGGACCAAAAGUACAGAGAUUAUCUUUAUGUUGGACGGGAUGCCAAUUAUCUCCAGCUGCGUUCAACAAUACGUCGAUAAGAUAUUUAGAUGUUUCGGGCAACCUUGAUGUGCUAAAUGAUGUUAGAGUACUGAGAGGACUAGAAAAUUCAUUACAAGUUUUAUACGCAAACGAUGUAAAGCUGAAAGAUUUCGAUGUUUUCAAUAACAUGAGACAAUUAGAAAUAUUGAAACUGACCGAUAAUGAACUCGUAACGAUUAAAAGAGAUGUAGCAAUGUCGUUGAGGAAGCUACAGGUGUUAGAUCUAGACAAAAACAGAUUUGCGACUUGGUUACACCCAAUUUUUGCUGGAAUGCGUUCGCUUCGACUUCUAUCACUGAGAGAAAACAACAUAAACAUUUUAUCUAUUGAAAUGAUGAAUGAUAUCAAAGAUAUAUCUUACAUUGGCCUAUCAGAAAACAUAAUAGUAUGUAACUGUCAUACAAGAGAACUGAUAGAAAUUGCUGCCAUGAAUGAACUGAUGCUGACUGAUAAACUUAUAUACGCAUAUAACAAUAACACAGAUUUCAAUUUUAACAUUGCUCUGAAAGAGUAUAAUGAGAAAAUUAUAAAGAGAACGAAUAUAUCGUUCAUUUGUGAUAGAGAAGAUGCUUGUAUUCAAGAACUGAAUGUUUCGAGAUACGAAGGAAACGUAGGGAAAUUUCUACUACUAGAUUAUCAAACAUUUGACGACUCAUAUUCAUGUCUGCAAGUGUUCGAGAGUAAAUCAAUUCCGUUUAUGGAAGUGCAGAAUUGCAAUGCGAAAUCAGAACCUCACGAUAUUAAUAAAGGAUUGGACAGAGGGGUAAAUUUGCUGCUAUUGUUGAUAAUACCGGGAAUAAUGUUGCCAUUUCUGUUUCUGAUGUUCAUGUUCAGGAGGAGGAUUAGAUACUUUUUUGUAACGAUGAAGAAUUCGGCGACAUUGAGCCUGAUUUCGAAGGAUGAAGGAAUUAGCGAGAGCAAGAUCUACAAUUACGACGUAUUCGUGUCUUACUGCCACGAUGACCGUGCGUGGAUGCUGGACCAGCUCCUGCCUCAUUUGGAGAUGGACUGCAACGUCAGCGUGUGUCUACACGAGAGAGACUUCCAGGUGGGCCUCUCGAUCCUCGAGAACAUCGUCUCCUGCAUGGACCGCUCCCGCACCAUCACGCUGGUGAUAUCCAGGCAGUUCCUCUUGAGCCAGUGGUGCCAGUUCGAGAUGCAUCUGGCCCAGCACCGUCUUCUAGAAACGAGACGUGAAGAUCUAAUGCUGAUUCUCCUAGAAGAUAUCCCGAGGAGAUUGCGACCCAACACCCUUCAUUACCUGAUGCUGACGAAGACGUACAUAGUGUGGCCUAAAGAAGAAUCUGAACAGGCAUUGUUCUGGAGACGACUAAAGAAGAGUGUCGUGACCCAGAGGAAUAAAUUGAACGAUAAUGUGACGUUCGCUUGAACGCAUCAGAAAUAUGCAUUGAAGGACUUUGAUUUGACGGCCUCUGUGGCGCAGCGGUAGUGCGCUCGUCUGUGACACCCCGGGUUCGAAUCCCGGCCAGGGCAUGAUGAGAAACGAGCUUCUUCUGAUCGGCCUGGGUCUUGGAUGUUUAUCUAUAUAAAUGUUUGUUAUAAAAUAUAGUAUCGUUGAGUUGGUAUCUCGUAACACAAGUCUUGAACUUACUUCGAUGCUAACUCAAUCUGUGUAAUUUGUCUCGUAUAAGGUAUAUUUAUUUAUGGACGCAAAGAAAGACAAAAUAAUAUUGUAGUUAAAAAAUAAAUAAAAAGCUCAAAAAGUUUGAAAACUAAGACAAAUUUUUUU